GAAGACGUAUCUUCCUAUUUUACUUCAUUAACCUAGAUUUCAAGGGAAAGCGGUCACCAUUUCAAUAUUGACCGGGAAGGAAACCCCACCGUUUAUUUCUUCUUCAUAUUCCUCACCUACUUUGUUAAACCCACCAAUCAAGACUUUACUUGAAUCUAAUCUGUACAAGAAUUGGGUGAUAGAUUGAAGAAAGACUGGGUUACCAGUAGAAUGGUGGUUUUAGUGAGCGAAAGUUGAGAUGUGGAAAACUGAUGGUGAGACCAUUGGGAGGUUGUGGAAUUUGUGAAUUGUGGAAAAUGUUUUAAACUGCCAGAAAUUGUUUCAACAUCCACUCUGUUCUUGGGAAUGGCGGAGCAGCAGCAACUAGAGCCAUGGACCAACCUCGGCGGGAAGGUGGUCAUGGUGACAGGGGCAUCUUCCGGCUUAGGUCAUGAAUUUUGUCUCGACUUGGCUAAAGCUGGCUGUCAAAUCGUGGCUGUAGCACGCCGCGUCGAUCGCCUUAAAUCCCUCUGUGAUGAUAUUAAUCGCCUCAGCCUUCCUGAGCCCCAGUCUAGUGGUACUCGAGCUGUUGCUGUCAAGCUUGAUGUAUGCGCUGAUGGAGCCACCAUACAGAGCUCUGUGAAAGCAGCUUGGGAUGCCUUUGGGAGGAUCGAUGUUUUAAUAAGCAACGCUGGCAUUAGAGGUCAAGUGAAGAAUUCUUUGGAAUUGUCUGAGGAGGAAUGGAAUCGAACUAUUAGAACCAAUUUAACAGGGUCUUGGUUGGUGUCAAAGUACGUUGCGACGCACAUGCGCGAUGCAAAUCAUGGAGGAUCCAUAAUCAACAUAUCUUCCAUUGCUGGUCUUAACCGUGGGCACCUACCCGGAGGCCUGGCUUACGCUUCAUCGAAAGCAGCCCUAAACACCAUGACAAAGAUGAUGGCCAUGGAACUAGGGAUGUAUAAAAUCCGAGUGAACUCGAUAUCACCUGGGCUUUUCAAAUCGGAGAUCACACAAGACCUUAUGAAGAAGAACUGGUUAACAAAAGUGGCUGAGAGAAACGUUCCGUUAAGAACAUUUGGCACGGCAGAUCCGGCAUUAACGUCGCUAGUGAGAUACUUGAUCCAUGAUUCAUCGGAGUACGUUACAGGCAAUAUAUUCAUCGUUGAUGCUGGGGCUACCUUGCCCGGUGUUCCCAUAUUUUCUUCGCUUUGAGGAUGCAAGCCGCUAUCAAAAUACUAAA